UCAGUAGAAAAGCAGGAAAUGCUAGAUAACAUACAAUUACGAGUGAACUUAGGGUCGAGUGUUGAUAAGCUAUCAUUCACUGUUACGAUCGAGUCACCUUGCUGAUGACAUUCAUGUAAAGUACCCUUAGCUAAUAACACGUAGAUAUUAACAUACGUUUUUAUAUAAAUAAAUUCUGUGGGUCGCGGAGUAGAAACGAUUAACAAUUUAUAAUAAUAAAUCAUGAUCAAUAAAUUAGCACUGGUAUCUGGCUCAAAUCAGGGCAUUGGAUUCGCUAUAGUGGAGGAAUUAUUAAAAAGAGGAGUCAAAAAUGUCUACGUUACAGCGCGGAACGAGCACCGAGGAAGAGAUGCUGUGGAUAAGCUUAAAGCCAAAGGCCUGAACCCCCAAUUCCACCCGUUAGAAGUCACUAAUACAAACAGCGUAAGAAGAUGUGCGGAAUACAUUAAAAUGAAACACGGAAGAUUGGACAUCUUAAUAAAUAAUGCUGGCGUCAUAACAGAAAGCUGGGAAAAUACCACGUACGACGAUGCAGUACGAGUUAUUAAUACCAAUUACCACGCUAUUCUAACGGUCCAAGAGCAUUUCUUCCCGCUCCUUAACCAGAAUGCGAGAGUUAUAAACAUCGCCAGCGACUGCGGGCACAUUUCUAAUCUCAAAAACAAGGACUGGAUCGCCAGACUGACGAAAAAGGACGUUCAAAAAUCAGACAUCGAUGCAUUUAUUGAAUGGUUCUUAAAUUCCGUGAAGACUGAAACGUGGAAACCCGAGGAUUUCUUCCAAACGCAGUUACUAGCUUACAAGAUUUCCAAGAUAGCGCUAUGCGCGUUGACUGUUGUGCAACAGAGAGAGAUUGACAGAAAUAUUUCUAUCAACUCUCUACACCCCGGAUUCGUUCAGACGUCGAUGACGACUGGCAGUGGAGUGUUCACACUGGAUGAGGCAAGCAAAGCCCCGGUGUAUUUAGCUCUGGAUGUUGACCAGUCGGUGAAGGGACAAUACUUCUGGUACGAUAAGGAGCCAAAGGAUUGGCGUAAUCCGAACCUGCCGUUAUAUUGUGAUUAUGAAGUGCUUAAGAAAUAUUUGUAAUAUUGUGUGGUAAUAUAA